CUCUCCACACACAGCUUCUCACCCAGCCUUUAGAUAGAUAUCCUGUAGAUAGGCUCGCCAAUUAAAGCGCUGUGCAUUUUGGGAAAGGAGCAUUAUGGAUUUUUUUCUCUCGUUCUUCAUAAGUGGAGUUGUUUUGAUGUUGGAACAACAAGCCUACACAGCAUCCCUGUCAGUCCCACGGUCCAAUGCAAACAGAAGCCGAUCUGUCAACUCUACUUUGCAAAUCCAUCAUCGUGAGAAGCGCUGUUCCUGUGGAAAUGUGAAGGACAAGGAAUGUGUUUACUUUUGCCACAUUGGAAUAGUUUGGGUCGAUACACCCAGUCAAGUCGUUCCCUACGGUGUGGGUUCGCUCCAAAUCCGUCUAAGGCGAGAUGUAAAACGAUGCCUUUGUGCAGACCGGAGAGAUACAAAGUGCCUGCAGUUUUGUUCCUGCAGACAUCUGCAACGAGAAGAGGAAAAUGGCAGUGUCAAAAAGAGCCAUCACAGAAACUUCAAAGAACAUUACAAAUCUAGAUUCCCAUUGAGACUGAGGAGGCACAGUCUAAUCCAAACAACCUGAAAAGGGUAAAACAUAUACUACCAUGCAUCAUCAGGAAUGCUGGUUUACCUCACAGGAAGGCUUUCACAAGAAACCUCUGGAAGAAAUUUGUGGUGCUCGCAUUUACUACCGGGACAAAGGAACAAACAGACUCUAUUCCUGUCUACUAUGCUUCGGUUAGACUCUUUGAGGCAACCACUAACCACAUUGUUAGGUGCUGGGAAACACCCUCAAAAAUCCCACAAAUGAUUAAAAGUGAGCUAAAAACAGA